AUGAAUGGCCUAUACGCUGCAAAUGAUUUAAUAAAAUCACGAAAAAUUAAAAGAAGAUCUGAUCCAUAUUACAGAAAGAGGAUCUUGGGUACUAAAUAUAAGCAUUCGAAGAUUGGUACAGGACCACAAGCAAAGGGAAUAGUUUUGGAGAAGACAGGUGUUGAGGCAAAACAGCCAAAUUCAGCUAUUAGAAAAAUUGUUAAAAUUCAGCUUAUAAAAACAGGAAAAAAAAUUUCUGCAUUUGUUCCUUAUGAUGGUUCUUUAAAUUACAUUGAACAUAACGAUGAAGUGGUGGUAGAAGGUUUUGGUAAGAAGGGUAAGUCAUGCGGAGAUAUUCCCGGAAUUUCUUAUAAAGUAGUGAAAGUGCAGAAUGUGUCAUUAAUGGCUCUUUAUAAAGGUAAAAAAGAAAAACCAAGUCGUUAA